GAUUAGCAAGCAUUGAGAGAUCAGCACAAGAAGAAACAUUUUUGCAACUUUUGAAUGCCGCACUUUCAAACCUUGUGCUCUUCAAAAGCCAAUUUGCAGUUAGCCGAGAUAUUUCUUCUAUGUUCCAACGUUUCCAAGAUGGAACUAAUUAUUUUGGAGAUGAUUCUGACAUUUUUCAGGCACGUUUCUGUAUUGUUAUCAAAGAUGUUGCAAAAAGUGAUAGAAGUGAUAUUGUAACCGAGUUUCAGUCAAAGUUUUCGAGAAUCGUUGAUAAGGAGGAAGAAGACAAUUUUAUAACAAAACUUUACCGUAAUAAAAUGUCGAUUCUUCCUUGGCCAGUAUUUACAGAAGCUGCGUUUUAUACUUCUAUUAAAACGUUCAAAGUUAAAUUGGAUUCACAAGAAUCCCAAUAUAAAAAUGCUCAGAUGUUUGUAGAAAAAAUCAAGGUUUUAAUGACAAAGUUGAAGAUAUGUGAUUGGGGAAGUAUUAAGGCAACAUUAAUAACUAUGAGAACAUUAGAAUUGAAGAAGUUUCUCGGAAAUGCAAUAUCUCUUGGUUAUGAGCAAGAAGAUGAUGAUCCAUUUUCUGAUCAAGAAAACCAUGAUGUUAAUCAAAUUAAAUGCCUUAUGAGUCGUGAUGAUAAAAUUCCGAUACCAGAUGAUGAUAUUUCACUUUCAGAUACUUUCGAUCAUGUAGAUUCUUCCAUUAAAUUGAUGCCUGAUACUGGUCUCGGAUUGUUAAAAGAUAAAGGAGAUUUUGUCGAAAUCUCUUCUGGCCUAAGGGAAUUUUUCGAAAAAAAUGUUUAUGCUCGUGGAUCCAUUCCUGAUUCUGAGUGGAUAGACCAUUUAGAUAAAUUUUUCAAACUAAUCGUAACUCGUCGUAUAAAUAGAGUUCGAGAAUGGUACACAAGAAAUCUUUCAAGAUUUUCUCAAUAUCAUAACGAAAUUGUUAUUGCAAAUUAUGCUUUAGACCAAGAAGUUAGCCGUCUCAGCUUAUUCUGGAACGCCUGUCGUCUUCGUUGCGAUAAAUGUGGAUAUGCAUGUCUUAAAGCUAGUCGUCAUGACGAUAAUAAAGAUAACAUCAAUCACGAUUGCUUAACAGAUCAUCUAUGCCACCAACUGUGUGAGUUUGAAACAGCGCAUACUGAUGAAAUCCUUCCACAAUGCCAAAAUUUCGCUGCACAUCAAGGGAAGCAUAGAUGUCCACUUUCACAUGCUUGUGGUGCACCUUGUAUUCAUACUGGAAAAAGAAAUUGUCAAAACUCAUGUGCAAAAGAUGUUGGACAUCAAUAUGUUAGUGGAAAUGAGACCCAUUUAUGUGAAUCAACAAGACAUUAUUGUGGUUUACCAUGUUCAUUAAAAGCAAAAACGCAGAAGGGCAAAUAUGAAUGUCGAAAUACAUGCAUUAUUCCAUGCGAAGAGGAGCAUAAAAUUCAUAAAUGUCAAAAUGAAGUAUGUCCAAUCGAAUGCCCGAUAGAAAAUUGUCGACAACGUUGUGAAAGUUCAGAACAUUUUCAUGCACUGGAAGAAAAUGUGAAUCAUUUUUGCGGAAAUGAACACCAAUGCCCUAAAGAAUGUGAAGAAAAAGGUAUAUGCAAAAUUGUAACUGAACCAUCCGCUAUGAUUAAAGAAGAAGCCGAAUAUGUGAAUAAAUUUGGAAGUUUUAUGUUUACAAAGUAUUCGCAAACUUUCCAAAGGUUACCAUGUUGUGUGAAAAUUCCGCCAUAUACAUUUGAACAUUAUGGAAAGCAUGUUCAUGAAAUAAAAAAAGCUCAUGUGUGUGACUCAACAUGUCCAGACGAUGAAGGUAAACAUAUUAGUGAAGAAGAAGGGAAGCAAAAUUUCCACUAUUGUGAUGAAAAAUGCCCAAAUUGUGCAUAUUAUUGUAUCUUACCAUAUGAUCACGGCAAAAAACACAAUACUGAACAUUCAACUGUUCAUGGAAAUAUGCUUUUAACAACAUUUACUUGCGAAGAUGAUGAGUUUGAAUUCGAAGGCCAUCAAUUAAAUGUUGGAGACAGAGGAGAUUUUGUUUUAUGUCAUAAAUUAUGCGAAAAUAUUGGCCGUCACCGUCAUAUAGAUUAUUGCAAAGAUCCUGCCGUUUGUGAAGGCCCUGGUGGUGGAAAAAAGGAAGGCUUGUUAGAACAUAUAAAUGCAAAUAUUGGUCCUAACCCAUCAAAAAAGAAAGAUUAUAUUUCCCAUCGCGUGUUUUGGGAGCGAACCAAAUUUCAAGACCCAUACUCUAAGGAUGAUAGAGAAGAAUUUAGAAAAUGUGAUCAUGAAUGUGCUGAUGAAAAGCAUCAUAAAGUUGACGAGUUUUCUGGGAAAGAACCGGCAAAAUCUUACUGUACGCAAGAAAUUUUUCAUCCUCCUUUAAAUGCAAGUUCUAAGCCUCCAGGUGGUGUAGGCUAUAUUUCAACUGACGGUCAUCAGGCAAGCAUUUCAAAUUUUUUAUGUGAAAAUCCAACUACUAAUGUUGGUAAUUUUCAUAUUGUAUUUGUUGUGGAUCGAAGUGGUUCGAUGAGUACUGAAGACUGUCGACCUCAAUGUAAUAAUAGUAAAAUAUCCCACUUACGGAAUACACAUAAUAAUCGAUUAGGAGCGGUUUAUGAGGCAAUUUAUACAUUCAUAGAAACUAGAAAGAACUCAAGAAAAGCAACACCUACUGGACAAAUGGCAGUUGACAAAGAUACGGCUUCUUUAAUUCUUUUUGAAUCCAAUGCAAUAACUGCUUUUGAAAAUAGAAGUUUGUCAAAUCCGGAUGAUCUUUUACAGAUAAUGUUAGGUCAUAAUACAACUGGUGGAACCGAUUAUAAUUUUGGAAUGAAAAAGGCUGCUGAAGUUAUUGAAACUCACUAUGAUCCUUCAAGAACCAAUAUAAUUAUUUUUUUAUCAGACGGUGAAGCUGAUUCUCCAGAAUCAGAGCUACGAAGCCUUUGCCAAAGAGAAAAAGAUAGGAGCACAUAUUUGUAUCUUUAUACAAUCAUGUUUACUGGAUCUAACAGUUCCUAUGGACAAUUACUACAAAAUAUGGCAGAUAUUGCAACAGAAUAUCUUCCAAAAAAUGCCGAUAAAGAAACAUUAAAAUGUCAAUAUGUUCAUGCCAUCGAUGAAAUUAUGCUAACUAAGCAUUUUAUACAAAAAUUAGAUAGUUCAAGAUAUAUAAUUGCAUACAAAGAACUUGCAGGAACGUUCCACAAGAUCAUGACCCAAAAUAUGACUAACGAUGGUGAUCCAGAAAUAAUUAAGCAUGCUGAGGCAAAGUCCUGUUGUAGCCCUAGUAUUAUAUAA